GUAGAUGAACCUAUAGCUGUUCACUGCUCUUCAUAGUUAGGUUUAAAAUAGUAAAAAGUUUGUAACUAUAACAUGACUGACGACUACUUUAUUAGCUCUCGUAUUUUUGGUGGUUUAAGAAAAUUUGUAAUAUUUUAUCAUUCAGCAACAAACAACGUUGAUCCAAGAACUUCGAAAUGGUUCUUGAUAUCGAAUAUAUGGUCACUACCUUUGAUACUAUUUUGCUACGUAAUUCUGGUAUUGUUUGGUCAGAAAUUCAUGACUUCAAGACGAAAACUAGAAAUUCGUGGAGCUCUUAUCGUUUACAAUAUGUUGCUCGUUGCUCUGUCUCUGUCUAUGCUCUGUGAGUUUGUACAGGCUCUUUUGAAUAUACCGAGUUUUAACUACUUUUGUCAAGGAGUUGAAAAUGAAGAUCGCGAGGAUUUAGUUCGGCUUGCUAGAGUGAAUUGGCUGUUUUUUCUUUCAAAGAUUGUGGAAUUUCUCGACACGGUUUUUCUGAUCUUGAGAAAGAAAUCGGUAUCCUUUCUGCACGCUUACCAUCAUACAAGUGCUUGUUUUCUGUGGUGGGUCGUUGUAAAGUGGCAGCCAGGAGGAACAUCCUACUUUGGCGCGAUGUUGAAUUGCCUCGUCCAUGUAGUAAUGUAUUUUUACUACUUGAUAUCUGCCCUUGGUCCUCAAUACAGAAAGUACCUAUGGUGGAAGAAAUAUUUGACAACUAUUCAACUGCUCCAAUUCUCAAUGGUUUUUAUUUAUCUGGUAAAUGCAAUGUUCGUUAAAGGAUGCAGCUAUCCGCGAUGGUUGCUUUGGGUAUUUAUUGGCUAUGACAUCACUCUCUUUUUGUUAUUUAUGAAUUUCUGUGUGAAAGAAUACUUACUUAAAUCUAUGAAAGGAAAGAGACAGUGAAAAUACCAGCAUUUAGACUAUUAAAAGUACCAGUAAUGUUCAAGAAUUUAAAAUUAAAUUUCAUCUUGUUUUUGACAGUUGAA